UGUGGCAUUUUUUGUUGGAAAAAAAGCAAAAAAUAUAAUCUUUAAUCAUCUCCCCUUGACCUGGUCGGAUUUUGGGUGUCUCGGGACGCAGAGAGGUCCAUACCUCAGAAUAGCGGUAAAGUAGAUCGUUUCAAGACAAUCCCAUUAAAUGUAGUUUAUUCCCGAUGCACUAAAAUCUGUAGAAAGCGGGUAAUCGUUCUUAACUCCCCACCUGUCCGAUCCUAAAAUGAAUUCUAAACGUCUGCUUGACAUGUCUACCAUUGGAAUACGGGUCGGUAGCGCUUCGAAACAAGCCGGUAUGGACCAGCAUGCAAAGGGUUCCAAAGGACGCGAAAUGGGAGUCGCUGCCACUGCGGACAGCGGUGUUUUUCUCGCAUGCAAAAACAGUUCCACAACAGGAGCUAUUUUCUACAAAUUCGUGCUGGACGAUGGUUCUUCAGGAGAAUUUACAAGCCAGGACAGCAUCCUAAAUGGGAAUGACCUGUCGUCAGGGAGUGAAAAAUACCCCCAACUGAAUAAAGGAGGUUAUGGUGGCGAGGCUGAUGAGAGAUCCAGCGGUCGAACUGAUGUCCUUAACCUCAGUCACACACACUGCCUAGUCCCCAAUGGGCAGGAGGGGGACAAACAGAUGCACUUGGAGGCCACAACCCCGCUUGUGACAGGCAGUUGCCAGACAACAAAUGGACAUCAAGUUCCACCUGAAGAGAAAUACCCCCAUCCCUCUUCCUACAUACCCGUCCCCCGACGCAGGAAACCUUCAGGUCAUGCUGACAAGGAGGUUAUGGCUGCCACCGUCCUGACGUCACUAUCCACCUCCCCACUGGUCCUCACCCAGACAGCCUCAGCUGCAGUUCCGGAGCUGGCCAGCAAGGGGUGGAAGGAUGUGCUGUCGGCCAGCUACAGCAGCUCCACCAGUGGCAACUGGAGCUGGGAUGCUAGCGACCAAUCAGUGCCCUCCACGCCGUCCCCGCCUCUCUCCAAUGACACCAGCAAGAGCUACCUGCUCUCCUCCCACGGCGACUACGCCAUCGAGGACUCCUCAGAGAGCACGCACUUCCUAUUUGAGGACCCCAUACCCCGGAAGCGAAAGAACUCCAUGAAGGUGAUGUUCAAGUGCUUGUGGAAGAACUGUGAAAAGGUCCUCAGCACCUCCUCAGGAAUCCAGCGACACAUCCGCACCUUCCACCUUGGGCGGAACUGCGAGUCGGACUACAGCGACGGCGAGGAGGACUUCUACUACUCUGAGAUCCAGGUCAACAUGGACAGCCUGUCCGAGGGCCUGUCCAGUCUCACACCCACCUCGCCGACUACCGCUGGCCCUCCUCCCAUCUUCCCUCCGGUCUCCCCCGCCACCUGCGUCCCCCACUCCGAGCCCUCCCACAUCGUCUUGAGGGGACCACAGGGCCGCACCCCCACUUUGCUCAGCCAGUCGGCACCCUCCACGCUCUGCCAUAUCCGCACUGACCACGCCUACCAGGCCACUGAUUCUGGGAGUAUUCCUAUGUGUUCGGCGCAGGCUGAUGGGAUUGAAGGGAUUGGGAAUAGUGAAGGGAUCAGUGGGUCCUGGCAGGCCCCUCCUGACAUUUUGAAAGGCUUCCCGGGCCCGUUGACUCAAAUCCGCACAGUGAGCUUUGGGGAGAAGAGACAGCCCGCUCCCACCACAAACACCACCAUCGUCAAGACACCCACUUCUACAGCCCCCCUGCCCAAACCAGCACUGGGGACUAGGAAACCCCGUGGAGAGGCCAAAAAGUGUCGUAAGGUGUACGGCAUGGAGAAGAGGGACAUGUGGUGCACUGCCUGCCGCUGGAAAAAAGCCUGUCAGCGAUUCACUGACUGAACCCCCUACGUUUACAGGAUGGAUUCUUCCUCUGCAAACGAUUCACUGAGGUGGAAUGUUCCACUUAGAGAUGUGGGGGGAGGGGGGGGUCUCUGUAAUGAAGCCCCUAAGAGCAUGCACUGCUUCUUCCUGACCAGCAGGGGGCUCUCUGCUCGCUUCUACUAGCCCUCAGACAGCCGAACACAUGAAACAACACGAUAAAAAAUAGGCACAAAAAAAAAGACAAAAAAUCGAGAAAAAUGAAUGUUAGCUUUUGAAGCGUUGUUUUUAUUUCUACCGAUGAUAUUUUUGAGGUAAUCAAAAAAAAGGAGGAGAUUAUUCAAAACGUGAUUCAGAAACUUUUUCGAUUUGUUUUGUACUUUCUAAUUUUGCAUGCCUUCACUGUAGGGCAGUGGUUGAAUUUCAGAUAAGCUUUUUGUCAUUGUGUACUCUUCACAAGUUCUUCUUUACUGGUCUGAGUAACAUGGAAGCUACUGUGUUUGACUUUAUAAGAUUGUGAUACUUCUCUUUUGUCAGCAUCCUUCAAUUCACUUUGUUUAUUCAGAUGUGUCUUUUACACUCUUAACUGUGCCAUUUUUUAAAUGGGCAGUAUGUGUACCAAAGGAAAAAAAUCAGAACAGCUCUAAAGUCUCUGAGAAUUUUGAUGUGUCUUAUGAGACACAAGCUUGUUUUGCUCUAUAUAUCGAAGUGUUAUAGAUAUAACACACUACAUGCUCUUACGCGAAUUCAACUUAGAAACUUUAAUUUUGUCUCUUUGUUUGGGAAGUGAAUAAUGCCUAGCUUUUCAUCAUAAACUUCUUGCUUUUUGCUCAGCCGCGAAAUAGACUCUCUUCCAACUGGUGGUAUCAAAUAUUACCCUUCAAAUCUUCAAACAGUUUGCCGUAUAUGUACAGUAUAUAAAGACAUAUAUUGUCUUCACUUUCUUCCUUUCGAUACCUGUAUUCAGCUACAGUAUGAAUCUUUCAGAAGCAGCAAGUCUUUCAAUAGAUCACUGUAAACAUUGUAACCACAGUGUAACCUCUCUUUUCAUUUAUUUUCUUUUAGCCAAUAGUUGCCAAGGCAACUAGUACUUGCAGAGUGCAAUCACCAGGGUUUUCUUGCUUGGAUUAAUCAGCUCUGUUGUUGAUAAUUGUUAUCAACCAGAACUUCAAGGCCUUGCUGUAGCAAUUUUUUGCUACUCUGAAUUCCGAAUCCAUCUUCCUGGGUUCCAUCAAAGAAAUGAAAUGGAACGUUAUUGGAGUUGUUGUUUGUGGAGGGUACCUUUACCAAUCCACCUCACAUUUCCGGUUAUCGCUCGAAACUCUUAUCUACAGGCCUUGGAAUCGAGAUGUUUAAUCUCAGAGGGAUUAUUUGCUUCCCAUGAAAUGUAAGUGGAUUCCUGAUCAGACAUGAGAGCAAAUAAAGAAGUAUAUAUAUUUUUAAAACAGAAUAUUUUUUGUACUCUAGCUACUGUUUUUUGAUUGCUGCCAGCUCUUUGAAUGUAGUUUCUGCAGCCUCUCUUUCUCUUCUCCUGAUACUGACUGACUACCAGACUUGACACAAGUUACCACAGCAGGACAAACACACACACACAGUGCCACCUGACUUCUCUCACGUAAACUCACCUUUCAACUGUUUCUAUGACAGUGGCCCAAGUCUAUGAAUUCCCAGGCCGCAUGACACACGACACUGUCAUAUUGACAACUUGCUCUCAGCUGUCGGUCAUCACAAUCUGAAAUUGACGGGACAUCAAUACAAGGACAUUCUACAAUGGUUGGGUAGAACAAACCAACAAUUAAACCAACCGGAUUCAACCUUUACCAACAAACAUGGUUGUCCUGGUAACGUUUACUGUCAGGUAUUUUGUCCAGUUGUUUCUGUGAAAGACAAACUGUCUUACAGUGGCUCACUGGUGAUUGAAGAGUAGCCCUGGAUUUUCCUGGUCCGAAACUUCACUAAGUGCCAACUUAAAGAAUGUCCUGAGGAGAAAAAAAAACAAUGAACCUAAAGAAAUUGCACUAACUGCACUGCACAAAUACAUGUUUUUAUACAUGGAGAUUUUAUACAUGCAGAUUUUCAAAGCGAGAUUGGAUUAAGCCUGUUUUUGUUUAGGAUCGUCACUGCCUUGGUUUUAAAAUGGGAUUUCAGGGAUGGUGUUUCAGGGAUGGGGCAGUCUCCCCAGAACAACGUUCUGAAUCGGAACCCAAUAGUGCCGACCAACGUUUUCUGGUUAUGUGUGGUGCUGCAUAGUACAGCACAGUACUUUCUGAGUCAGGGUUUGUUCUACACUUUUCCAUUGUGGAGGAGCACGAAGAUGACACCUUGAGGUCACAUCUCAGAUGGUCAACUGGUCCAGAUAUACCAUAGCAUUCAGUCUGUGUUUGCUUGUUGUCUUCUUCAGAACAGAUAACUGCUUCUACGUAGCCUAGUCAAACAUUGCUUUCACAAACAUUUUUGUAUAGUCUUCCUUUGCAUAAAAUUGCCUUUUCACAUUUUUAUUGAGAUGUGGAAGUGUGCGGAGAACGUGUUGUCUUUUGGCACCUACUCCGCACAUAUUUUCCUGUCAGAUUUGAAUUUAAGUGAAACACAUCAGAUCAGCUUUCUCUUCAACCCCACCCAAAGCACCUGACACUUCUCCGCCAAUCCAAAACCAGCGACUUUCGGGCUUAACGGAAGCACAUUGGGAAACACAUUGGCUAGUUCUGUAGAUCUCAGUGUCAGUCAUGUCCCUGGCCUUGCACCUUUUUAAUUGCACUAAAGUGGCCUUACAGGUUUCUGGCCUGGGCUGAUGCAAGGAGAACAUUAGUAUUCACUUGCACCUGUGUUGAGGUUUUCACCUACAUCAAGCUGUCCUGAAAUGGCGAUGGCUAGGGCCAGGUUAGGAUUCAGUGACAACUGAUAUUCUUGCAGCUUUUUAUUUUAUUGAUACCUGAGAUUUCGGAAGGUGGUAAAUUCUGACUAGUUGUGAUUUGGGAAACAGGCUUUGUGAUUGGACGGAGCAAGCAGUGAUGAUUUUUCAGAAUGGACUUGUAGUUUCAGGGCUUUCCUGUACAUAUGCAAUUUAAUGAGAACCAUGAUGCUUUUUUCAUAUAUUGUUGUUGUUUUCUUUGUUGUCGUAUUUCUGUAAUACAAAAAGGAAACUUUCUAUGGUAGAUUUCUUCAGAGUAUUUUUUGUUGCAUAUUUUUAGAAAGCACUCAAGAAGAUAUAGAGAAAAUAACAUGUAAAUAUUCUUAUAUUGCAGGUUAGGGGAAAAAGGGGAGAAGGAAAAAAAAGUUGAUGAAUGUAAAACCUACAAAAAUAAAAGCUUUUUUUCUCUAGUUCUACUGACUAUACAGUGCUGUUAGUCCACUGUAACUUCAGUAUCAAAAGAAACAUUUAACGCAGUCAAUCUACCAACAGUAUGCAUGAUAUCAUAUCUUCAACCAGUAUUGCUUCUCCUUCUUACAUUGUGAAAAUACAUGCUUUAAUUGGAACAAACAACUCACUUGACAUUUUGGUGACCUUUCUGUGAGCCACCUGUGUGUGUGAUGCAUUGUGAAGGUGUCAUUUGGCGAUUAUGUAGGCUGUUAAUAAAAGAGUCAUGAACAGUUAUGAAGGCUUACAGCAGACCAUUUACUGCACUCUUCCCACUUAUGAAAGCGUUUAUAGAGGUUCUGCAUUUCAAUGGUCAUAAGUGACCAUGAGCUUAUGUGAAUGCUUAUGGAGCGUCUCAUAAUGCGACAAGGACUGAUGGAGUGCUUUCUGAAGGCAGUUAUAACACAUUAGACACAGGUGCUCCCUACCCUUUCUGUCUCCUGCCAAAUCUGGAUUUAUUGGAAUACAUGUUGUCAUCGUUUGUAGUAAUGUAGUUUUAGGAUAACCUUUGGUAUGUAAAGGUGUGCUAUUCAGAGAAAUACAUUUGCACUUCCAUGGUUUUACCUUUGGGGAUUCUGUCCUGCACAUUCCAUCAGGCCGCUUGCCAUAGUGUUCAUCUGUCUCUAAAUAGUUGUGUUUCCUGCUCAUUUUCUUUUGCCACUUACUGCUUGUUUUCUCUGCCGUCUCCUCGUCUGUUUCUCUCCAUUUUCCGAUUUCUCCUGUUUUUUUUUUUUUAAGACUAUCGACAUUCACUGUAGUUCCGCCCUUAUCUUUACCCAGUGUAUUAAGCUAACCGAGCCCUUGAAAUGUGCAGAAAAAUAAAUGUUAUUUCCAAAUUUGUCCUGUGAUUCUAUCUUUUGUCUGCUUUUUUGAACGUCUGUGUUGUGAAGUCCAUCCUGACAGCUCAGCAGCGCAGCCAAUGGGUCUCCAUCCAAAUUAAAAUAUUAAUGUAUCGUUAUCGCCAUGGCAGCUCCACUCAACUCUGUGCUUAACGACGUUUAUUUGGAGCCAUUUCUAAAAAUAAAUCAUAUUUGUCAUUCUUUCAUUUUUUUUUAACUGUCUGACAUAUUUUCUUCCCUGCAAUGCCAUGUCUUUACAGUCUUUUUGUUGGCUGGCGUGAAACUGACCUUUUAAUUGUUUUGUUAUCUUGUUCAUAUUGAUUGAUUGGUUUGAUUGAUUUUUGGUCAUUAACUUGAUUGGAUGGAUGACUUGUUGUCAUGAUGAAGAGGAUGAUGUGAAAGUGUUUGAGAGAAAAUAAAUGUGUAUGGAAUAUA